GCCUUCUGCCCCCCCUUUUGCGAAGACCCCCUGAGCACGCCCCCCUCAGGGGCCUCCCCGGGUGGGGAGGAUCUGGGCGAGGCCGAGGCGCGCAGGACUGCCCAGCACCCAUGCUGGACCUCCAACGUGUCCGCCAACAACAGCACCGGCCGCACCGCUGGCCCGGAGCUGGGCCACCCCCUGGCCCCCGAGGACCCCGGGGAGCCUCUCCUUGGGCUGCAGGUGGCCUCCCCCUGCACCCAGCCGGGCUGUGGCCUUGCCCAGCACCCACAGUGCCCAUCAGCGGAGGGCUUCAUGCCUGCCGCUGGCCUGGUCACGGCCCCUGCCGCUGGGGGUGAGAGCCCAGGGGCAGAGCCCAGACUCGCUGAGGAGGCCGGCAGUGCCCCUGGAGGCCAGCUGCCCCUUCCCUCCACCCCACCCCCAUCCCAGGAGGGGGCGCCCCUUCCCGCUGAGAGGGCCAGCACCCCUACCACACUGCCCGCCCCACCUGCCGGUGGCAGCCUGACAGCUGUCCCGGAGGAGCGGGCCUGCGCCCCCGACAGUGGCAGCAGCCGCCCGGAGGGGGCGGCGCCGGGCAGAGCCCUUGGGGGCAUCCGCGAGGCCACUCCCAGCACUCUUGCCGACUUGUCCAGCGCCAGCCCCUGGGCCGAGGAGCUGGAUGUGACCCCGGCAGUCUGCUCCCCGCAGAGGCAGGUGGGGGCCCCUGACCUCCUGGGCUCCCUGCACACCCGGGCCGCCGCCGGUGAGGGCCUCAGCCCAUCAGCAGCUGGUGCCCCUAGGGGACAGCCCCGAGCCUCGGACAGUGGCUACGACACCGAGAACUACGAGUCCCCCGAGUUUGUGCUCAAGGAGGCGCCCGAGCCACGUGAGCCCGAGGCCUUCGGGGCGGCCUCGCUGGCCGAGAGCCAGGGGCCAGAGACUCGGCUCCCCGCGCCCCCCGGCGGCGUCCGC